AUGAAAGCUCUUACUUGUCUUUUAUGUUAUCUAGUAUCUGCUUGCAAUGGUAUUAAAUCAGAUUAUUUCAAUUCCCGGGUAUUAAAACACGAAAGAGUAUUGUUUAAUGAAGAGUAUAUUAUCGAUCUGUUGCCGCAUUACUCCACAUAUCACAGAGAUUUCAAAAUGGUUACAACAAACGGAAUUGAGAACCACAAAAACAGCGAAUAUGUCGGACACGUUAGAGAACCACGGUUUGGGAAAGGAAUUCUCACAAAAGUAGAUGAAUAUCAAUAUAUUGGAGCUUUAUUUUUCGACAAUGAUACUUUACAUUUGGAACCAAGCUUUAUUCAUGAUAAAGAUUUUGAUGAGUUUUAUAUAGUUGGAUACUUUUCGUCCGAAACAAAUAUCACAAUACCAAUCAGUUAUGUACCGUCAAUCAAUCAGGUUACGGUCAGACCUUCCAAUCCAUUUCUAAAAUAUCGAAGAUCGAAAAGACAAACGUUUGAAAUGUCAAGUGAACGUCGAGCUGAUUUAGAAAAUGAAAAGAAAAACCGGUGUUCUGUUAAAAUUGUUGCCGAUUACUCGUUUUUUUCGCAAUAUGCUAACAACAACACUGGCAUUGCAAAAAAAAUAUUGAUAAAUAUGAUUGCCCGAGUGAAUGAAAUCUUUAAUCGUGUCAAUUUCGACCAAGGAAUGGAACAUCUUGUACAUAAUCGCGGAAGGUUUGAAAACAUCGGAUUGACAAUAAAAGAGAUCAAAAUAAUCGAUAAACCAACGAUUAGACAGCCAGGAUAUUUCAAUUCGAUGGAAAAAGAAUGGACGGCAGAACAACUAUUAGAGAGCUUUGCAAGAUACGAGGCAUCUCCAGAUUUUUGCUUGGUUCAUCUGGUGACGGCUCGCAAUUUCGUUAAUAGCGCAGUGUUAGUAAAUGAGAUUGGAAUGACAAGAUUAGUUACCAAAGCAAUUGACAUCGUCGUAGCACACGAAUACGGUCAUGCAUUCGGUUCUCGUCAUGAUGUUAUGGUUUCAUCAACAGACAAUGAAUUGGAAAACUGUUCUCCUUCUCAUAGUGAUGGAGGAGCUUACAUAAUGUCCGAAUAUGCUCAAAAGGGUUACGAAGUCAACAAUGAGAAAUUUUCCCCAUGCUCAAAGAAAAUGAUACGCGAUGUGCUCAAUUUGAAAUAUUCAACUUGUCUUGAAGAAGAAAGGAAGUCGUAUUGUGGAAACGGAAUUAUAGAAGAUGGAGAAGAAUGCGACGAUGGAGUAGGCAAAUCGACAAGUUCACACGCAACUUGUUGCCAUGCAAACUGCACGUUGGCUGCCAACGCAAAAUGCUCGCCUCGGAAUUCAGCAUGCUGUACUGACGAUUGCCAAUAUCAUGCCUCCACUCAUAUUUGUCUUCCGGGAGAUCCACUGUUGUGCAGAGGAAACGCAUACUGCAACGGAACGUCGGACGAAUGCUCUCCAGCUGAGCCGGUGGCCGAUAAACAACCUUGCAUUGAUAAUGGUGAAUGCCGAAAUGGAGAUUGCCUCUCAUUUUGCGAGAUAAUCGGCAAGCACAGCUGCCUGUGUGAAGAUGCAAAACUUGCUUGCCAACGAUGUUGCCGAGAAACGAACGGAACGUGCAAAGUUGAACCGGGAGGCGGAAAUCUACCCGACGGAACAGUUAUCGUUUUGAUGAUUGCUGGGGUCAGCGCUUACAGGAAUACAACGACAAUGCAGCCGAUGGAAACAACACCUCUCGGAGGGUCGUCUAUUUCAGGUUCGCAAUAUCUCCAGAAAAUAUUCAUUAUCAUUUUUGUUUUGGGCAUGCUUGUCACUUGUCAUACAUCGUUGGAAAACUGCCUUGAAGCCUGCUAUAUGAGCUGCUACAUAACAGAUCUCUGUAAUGAUAUGCCGAAUCUCACUGCAUGUGCUCCAGGAUUGACUCAGAUGGUCAUUCUCACUGUCGUAUUCGUCCUUUUGGUGACGACAUGUUGCGGAUUAGCCUGCUUCUUUGCUCCGUGCUGCUGUUGUGCGCUCAUGUACAAAGGAUACCGUGCUCGCCGAGCCGGUCGCAACCAUCGUGAAACUCAAGACCAACGAGCUUAUGCAUCAGCUCCUCCAUUAUUGGUUAAAGUUUAA